CAUGGGCGGGGACCCCAGCUCCGCCCCUGCCCGCCCUUGCUCCCGUGGGUCCCCGGGUCCAGGGAUCGGCUAGAUUUCUUGUCCUGGCUCCAGUCUCCACCUCUGGACCGGAAUGCAGAGUCCGAUUCCAACAGCUCGCCAGCUGCCACCGCAUCCCGCCCGCUGAGCCCGGAGCGCCGGAAGACCCCAACAGAGGCUCAUGGACGAGGCGGGAUCCCCGGCUCCUGCGGGGACAGGAGGUGCUGGCCCUGGAAGAAGUACAGGUGAGACAUCCAGGAGUCUGUCAAGAGAACAGAUUUUUGUACUGGUGUCAGCAGCGUCCAUGAACCUGGGUUGCAUGAUGACCUAUUCCAUCCUUGGACCAUUUUUCCCUAAGGAGGCAGAAAAGAAGGGGGCCAGCAACACCAUGAUUGGAAUGAUCUUCGGGUGCUAUGCGUUAUUUGAAUUGUUGGCAUCUUUGGUCUUUGGAAAAUAUCUUGUACACAUUGGAGCCAAAUUUAUGUUUAUAGCAGGAAUGUUUGUCUCAGGAGGAGUUACAAUUCUCUUUGGUGUCUUGGAUCAACUUCCAGAAGGACCGAUAUUUAUUGCCAUGUGUUUUCUGGUGAGAAUAGUAGAUGCCAUAGGCUUUGGUGCAGCCAUAACAGCCUCGUCUUCCAUCCUUGCAAAGGCUUUCCCAAAUAAUGUGGCUACAAUCAUGGGAAGUCUUGAGGUUUUUUCUGGACUGGGGCUGGUAGCAGGACCCCCUUUGGGUGGCCUUUUGUACCAAUCCUUUGGCUAUGAGGUGCCCUUUAUUCUUCUGGGGUGUAUAGUUCUGCUGAUGAUACCAUUCAACAUAUGCAUUUUGCCUAGUUAUGAGUCGGAUCCAGGAAACCAGUCCUUCUGGAAACUUGUCACCUUACCCAAGAUUGGUCUUAUAGCCUUCGUGAUCAUCUCUCUCAGCUCCUGCUUUGGCUUCCUGGACCCAACCCUGUCUCUCUUUGUCAAGGAGAAGUUCAGUUUAUCAACUGGAUAUGUGGGACUGGUCUUCCUGGGUCUGUCUCUAUCCUACACCAUUUCUUCGCCGCUGUUCGGUCUACUCAGUGAUAAGAAGCCUAAUCUAAGGAAAUGGUUUCUGGUUUUUGGAAACUUAAUCACAGCUGGGUGCUACAUGCUCUUAGGACCUGUACCCUUUCUGCACAUUAAAAGUCAGCUCUGGCUUCUCGUGCUGGUGUUAGUUAUAAACGGCGUCUCUGCUGGAAUGAGCAUCAUCCCGACCUUCCCAGAGAUGCUCAGUUGUGCAUAUGCAAAUGGGUUUGAAGACGGAAUAAGUACACUGGGACUCGUAUCUGGUCUUUUUGGUGCCAUGUGGUCAGUUGGUGCUUUCAUGGGACCUAUCCUGGGAGGAUUUCUGUGUGAGAAAAUUGGUUUCGAGUGGGCAGCAGCUAUACAAGGUGUAUGGACUCUGCUAAGUGGUGUUGCGAUGGCCUUAUUUUAUCUCUGGGAGGACUCAGCAACAAGAAGAAGAUCUAAAGCUCAGAACAUCCUUGGCACAGAGGAGGAACAAGCUGCUCUCUUGCCCAACGACACCUAGCCGCCUCACAAGCUCUGGAUUAAUCCAGAUGGAGAGACAGCCUGGAGGAGCUUCCUGUGUGCCAAGCAGAGAUCCCUGCUUCCUGUACUCGCACCCUGGAAGUGUCAAGCUGCUUUUACAUGACCUGGAGCCAGGCUGUGCUUCCUGUAGUUCUGAAAAGCUGGCUCACCAAGGCAGCCCAUUGGAACAUCUAGGACUAGGAAAAAGGGUAAACCAACAGAAGCCAGUGUUUCUAAAAGACUGACCUUGCCUGUCAGGUGUUUUCAUUGCCUGGUUUUGCUUUCUUAUUCUUGUGUUCACUUUUCACUCCGAGUUCACAGAUGCUAUGAAUGUACCUCUUAAAAUCGAUUAGUGAGAAAAAUGAAGCUAUUUAAUUCACGUUGAACAUAUAAAAUAAAACAGAUAAUUUUAUGAAAUCAGUUUCAAAAGAUGGCCUUUCUCUGCCUGCCUGCACUGAAGUUUGUACUCAUCAAAAAGGCAAAAUUCCUGCCUGUCAUAUAAAAACUCCAGAGCAUUAGCUCAAAGUUUUUCUAAAAGUGUUUGCAUGGCAUGUCUAAGAAAAAAUGAUGAACGUACUUGGGUUCUUUGACAUUUCUUGUCAUGAUCUGGGCUUAUACACAUUAUUUGCAUAGCAUUGUUUGUUUAUGAUCUUAGCACAUCUUUGUUUUAGUCCCAUGAUUUGUUUGCUUAUUGUAUUUACUAGUCUUCAUACUCCUGGGUGUUCCAUUACCAGGCUGGGCAACACCUACCUAUACCCAGCCAGGCAAGAGCCAGGUUCUCCAUGUUGGAGAAAUACUCCAACUUCACAAAAAAUCCUUGCUGCUACUUGAAGUUAGAAUGUCAACUCCUGACUCAUUUUCAUAAUGUAGUAGCUACAUUUCCUUUAUAAUUAAAUAAUAAAUGAUCUUUGACUA